CAGCUGCUGCCGGGCACGGCCUGCUUGGGGCUGCAGUGGGAGGUGGAGGCUGUCCUUGUGCCUGGCCCUGUGGCAGUGCCCCAGCUCCUGCCCUGCAUGGCCGCUUCUUCCAGCUGAGGAGCUCCAGGUGGAACUGCAAGAUCAGAGCUCUGAGUUUAGUUUGCAGCUGUUCUGCAGCUUGUGUUGCCAGUAGCAACUUCUUGCUUGAAUGUGCAUCAAGGCAUCCAGGGGGAGAUGGCUUCAUUUGGCUGCUUCCCCUUCCCAGGCAUUAAAGAAAGAUCCUUGCUGGGGCUCUAUUUAAAAACAAAACAACCACAGACAGCAGCAGUGUCUUCAUGGCUGCUUUGUGUCCUACGAACUGAGGUCCUUAAGCACUUGUCAGCUGCCACAGGGUUUUUUAAGUUGAACGUCUGCAAAAGGUGUUCUGCUCUGGUGAGCAGAAAAGCUGUAAUUGCAGAGUGUUGCUGCCUUAGUUCUUGAGAUGUGCUGCCUAAUCUGCUCUGUAAUCACCUCCAGGCGUUUUAUGCCCAGGCCUCAGCGUUUUGGCCUCCUUUUCCCUGUGUCUGGAAACAGAAUGUUAUCCUUCAUGGGGCGCCCUGGGGCUGCUCAGAGGGGAUGCGUGGUGUCAGGGUGGAUGCAGCCCACUCCUCCGUGCCCAUUUCUUACCUGGUGUGUGCUUCGGAGGCUUUGGGAUUUGUUUGCUUGUGCCUAAUGGAGUUAUGUGAGAUGGGUUUGAGCCUCAUUCGGCAGCAGGAUGAGGUGGGAGAGCCUGGAGCUUGUGGGGAUCCACAGGAGGAAGUCCUGGGUGGGAGAAGCAAAGUGGAAGGGAGCUGUGGAAGCUCCCUGCAUAUCAAAGCAGGUGAACGGGGUGAGAUGCUGAUCCCACGAGCACACAGAGCUGCCUUCCCACUGGCUCAGGGGGGUUCAGCUCCAGCCCCGCGGUGUUUUUUCUGCUGGUGCUAUUCCUGAUAGCAGGCAUUCUUAAAUCACAGGAAUGCAGUUCCCCCGGGUGAAGGAGCUUACCUAAUGGUGCAGGAAUGGUUCUGUUGUUAAAGUUGGUGUCAUGGAGCCAACGCCGAGGGUUUGCAUGGAAGUUUGGGUUUUUCUGUUUUCUCUCUGAUGCUUGCAUGCAUAUUCAAGGUCCCUCACAUAUCUCUCCUAGUGGGAACCAAGAACUGGAAUAAUGUCUUAGCUUUCACCUGCUUAGGCUUUUAUUUCAGACUCUGCCAUUAUUUCCUUCUGUAAGUUUUCUGAAGAAACCAGGCUGUGGGCACUUCUUCUCCCCGCUCACCUGCAGCCUCCUCUCACUUCUCCUCCACAGUCACUCUCCAUAGCAGGCGUCCCUCACUGCUGCUCUGAAUCCAGUCCUGUGUGUGCUCUGCAGGUGGGAGUUCUCUGCCUUCCUCAGGAGGACCCUUUAAAUUCUGGGUGAUUGAAGCAAGCCGUUUCCAGCUCCUCCUUCCAAGUUUGGAUGAGUGUGACAGAGGCCUACACCUAAUGCUUAAUUUGCCCUUGAGGUAACACUGUGUUGUUACCAGAGCUUUCUUCCCCUUUGCUCCAUUUUUAACCUGUUGCUUCUUAGGGUUCUGUUGCAUUGCAGUGCAGUGUUUAAGCAGGCUGAAAGCAAGACAUCUGUGGUUUUGAGUCAGCCCUGAGAAGUGAUUCGGCACCAGGAUGAACGGCAUCUCCAGUUGCAGCAAAGACCCCAUCAGUGCCAGUGUUGAAGUAUUGCCAGCUUCCAGCAUGUCUACAGAUGGCAGCUUCGGCACAGGCAGCAGCAGCGAUGCCCAGCAGAGCCUGCAGUCCUUCUGGCCCCGCGUCAUGGAGGAGAUCCGCAACCUCACAGUGAAAGACUUCAGGGUUCAGGAGCUGCCCCUGGCUCGGAUUAAGAAGAUAAUGAAGCUGGAUGAAGAUGUGAAGAUGAUUAGUGCUGAGGCCCCUGUGUUGUUCGCCAAGGCAGCUCAGAUAUUCAUAACAGAACUGACGUUGCGAGCCUGGAUCCACACAGAAGACAACAAGCGCAGGACUCUGCAGAGGAACGACAUUGCCAUGGCAAUUACUAAGUUUGAUCAAUUUGACUUUCUGAUUGACAUCGUCCCAAGAGAUGAGCUGAAGCCUCCGAAGCGUCAGGAAGAGGUACGUCAGGCUGUGACCCCAGCUGAACCCGUGCAGUAUUAUUUCACCCUCGCUCAGCAGCCUGCUGCAGUGCAGGUCCAGGGGCAGCAGCAAGGACAGCAGACCACAACAUCUACAACCACCAUCCAGCCGGGGCAGAUCAUCAUCGCACAGCCUCAGCAGGGGCAGGUGGGAGAAGGCCAGCAGGUGCAGAUUGUGCAGGCCCAGCCGCAAGGACAGAGCCAGCAGGCGCAGAGCGGGACGGGGCAGACCAUGCAGGUCAUGCAGCAGAUCAUCACCAACACGGGGGAGAUCCAGCAGAUCCCGGUUCAGUUGAAUGCUGGCCAGCUGCAGUAUAUCCGCUUAGCCCAGCCUGUGUCAGGCACCCAGGUAGUCCAGGGGCAGAUCCAGACGCUUGCAACCAAUGCCCAGCAGAUCACGCAGACAGAAGUCCAGCAGGGGCAGCAGCAGUUCAGCCAGUUCACAGACGGGCAGCAGCUCUACCAGAUCCAGCAAGUGACCAUGCCUGCAGGCCAGGACAUCGCGCAGCCCAUGUUCAUCCAGUCCACCAACCAGAGCUCGGAUGGCCAGGCCACGCAGGUGGCGGGGGACUGAGCGGCGUCCCUGAGUGGGGAUGCAAACAGCUUCACCCGGCCUGGUCUGAGGAAUGCGUUGCUUCUGCGUCUCCGUACUUGACAGUGAGCCUCCAGCAGGCUGCAGUCUCUGGUGCACCACACGCCUUCGUCUGGUGGGUAUGAGAGCAUAUCCAGCAGACACCGACAAGAAUGCAAGAUUUUUAUUUUUGGAAGUCCAUGUUUCAGUGCGUUCAGCUCCUCGUUCAAAGCGAAACCGAAGGGGGCCGAUGGAAUUCGGAGCAUCUCACUGAGCAGCGGUGAAAGGCUCUGACCUGGGGAAAUGAUUCAAGGUUUGCUGCAGGAGCUUCCUGCCUGGUGCCCCGUUUGUGUUUCUCCCCGAAUAGAGCUAGGUUCAGUGCUGCCAUCUCAGUGGUCUGUUACGGGUGGGAGGGGGGAGCGUGUCUGUGUGUUGGGUUGCCUCUCCUGCCUCCUUUUUUGGUAAGCCGGAGCAUUGGAUAUAUGCAGCAAGGGGGCAGGGAGUGGGGGCAGAGUAAUUAAAGUGAAAACAAAAACAUUCCUUGCAUUAUGACUGUGUUUUCUAAAGACAAAAUGAUUCUUGAAUUUGACCUGGUUUAUUCCAGAGAUGCUGAUGGCGUCCGGAUGAACCCCAACCCCUGUUCACUGUGCUUCGGUCGAUGCAUGUAAUAUAAGCUUCCUCAAACAAAAUAAAUUCCCUUUGUAAGAUAA